GCCGUCGCAGCGCUCGCACACCACACAAGAGAAAAAAGCCCUGGCCUUUUGUCAAAUUCGCACAUCGCCAGCAAGGACGGUAGUUUUCCAGACAACGACCACCUCAACCAGCCAAAAUGUCUAAGCGCACCAAGAAGGUCGGAAUCUCCGGCAAGUACGGUACUAGAUACGGUGCUUCGCUCCGUAAGCUGGUCAAGAAGCAGGAAGUGUCCCAGCACGCCCGCUACACUUGCACCUUCUGCGGCAAGAACACUGUCCGUCGCUCCUCCGUCGGCAUCUGGUCUUGCAAGGCCUGCAAGAAGACCCUGGCUGGUGGUGCCUACACCGUCUCCACCCCCGCCGCCGCUGCCAUGCGCUCCACCCUCCGCCGUCUCCGUGAGAUCACUGAGGUUUAAGGUGGUCGUUUAGCUGGCAUUUUUGGUCUUUCGGGUUAGGUGUCAUGGAAAAGGACAAUUGGGGAUCUGCGGAUUUACUUUGGGAUGAACCAGAUUUCCUUCAAUAACGAAUUUGCUGCUACCCAUUACGACAUCACUAUUGCGUGGUCUGGAGACGGGGCGAUCUAGACAGGGAGUUUUACCGGCGUCUCUUUCCUCACAUGAAGCAUGGCUUGGGAAGAUGUCUUAAAAGAUCGCCAGGUUUGAUUUUACGGUAGACAAUGACCAUGAUACCCUUUCCUGUUGGCC